AUGUUUUGGGAUGAAGACGAAGAGUUUGAUAUCGAUCAUCAUUUCCGUCAUAUCGCACUACCUCAUCCGGGACGUAUCCGUGAGUUAUUGGUUUAUAUUUCACAGGAACACAGUUCGUUGAUUGACCGAGCUAAACCGCUUUGGACCUGUCAUAUUAUUGAAGGGAUUGAAGGCAAUCGCUUUGCCAUGUAUUUUAAAAUCCACCAUGCCAUGAUUGAUGGUGUGGCUGGUAUGCGUCUGGUAGAAAAAUCAUUUUCAAAAGAUGCUGACUCCAAAACCAUUAUUCCGCCUUGGUGUGUCGAAGGUAAACGGGCAAAACGUUUAAAAGAAACUAAACUGGAUAAAGCUAAAAAAAUAUUCUCUGCCUUAAAAGGACAAGUUGAAGCAGCACCUAAGGUCACUCAAGAGCUGUUCCAAACUGUAUUUAAAGAAAUGGGGAAAAACCCCGAUUAUGUUUCAAGCUUUCAAGCGCCGAGUAGUUUAUUUAAUCAACGGGUAAGUUCAUCACGUCGUUUCGCUGCUCAGUCUUUUGAACUUGAUCGUUUUAGAGAUAUUUCCAAAGCCCUUGGUGUUACGAUUAAUGAUGUGGUGCUUGCUGUUUGUGCAGGCGCGUUACGUGAUUAUUUAAUCACACAAGAAGCUUUACCGAAAAAACCACUGAUUGCAAUGGUUCCAGCCUCAUUACGUGAUGAUGACUCAGAUAUGAGUAACCGUAUCACCAUGAUUUUGGCAAAUUUAGGUACACAUAAAGAAAGUCCUUUAGAGCGCUUAGACAUUAUUAAACGCAGUGUACAAAAUGCAAAAAAUCGUUUUAAACGUAUGAGCUCUGAUCAAAUCUUAAAUUAUAGUGCUUUCGUUUUUGGUGCAGCAGGCGUGAAUAUUGCAUCAGGACUUAUGCCAAAACGCCAGGCAUUUAACGUAAUCAUUUCCAAUGUACCUGGACCACGUGAACCUUUGUAUUGGAAUGGCGCUAAAUUAGAUGCUCUCUACCCUGUUUCUAUUGUUUUGGAUGGUCAGGCACUAAAUAUCACCAUGACCAGUUAUUUAGAUAAAUUAGAAGUCGGUUUAACGGGUUGCCGUAAAUCUCUGCCUAAAUUGCAGAAUCUUCUCACACAUUUGGAAAAUGAAAUCCAAAAGUUUGAGCAAAUUAUUGCAGAGAAAAAUGCAGUAGAACUUGCCGACAAAAAGCCAAACGCUCAAGCCAAGGCAAAAACGGAUACUCAAGAUGUAGCGAAGGAAUCUGUUGCAGCACGAAAGUCAUUGAUGACAGACAUUAACCACCAUAUCUUUAGUGAUUUUCACUUCUUGACCAUUGUCAUCUAA